AUGUACUCCUUGAACCUCCCUGUAUCCGCAAUCCGGACGAAGAUUCGCCAAGAGUUUGAGAAACACCGCUAUGUCCAGCAGCUGGGUGUUGUUGACGUUUUGUUGUUCCAGAGCCAUGCAGAGUACCAGGAAACGCUCAACUACUGGAAGCAGCUUUCGCAUGUGAUGAAAUACUUCCGGCCGGAGGAGGAUCCCGGUGCUAGAUUACCCCCUAACUUCAUCUCCGGCUUCUUGGAAGGCCGCAAUUGA